CAAGAGUGCAGUAGAAGUUUUCACCAUGAAGCUUACACUGGUGAUGUACUGAUGUACCGGAGAGAAAACGGAUUUCACGGUUUUGAGGUCUGCUUGAAAAGAAGUUUUCCUGGCAUCUCUCCGACUCAAGUGAAUACAGUGAGAGGAGUUUGAAAAGAUGGACUGUGCCCAUGAGGGUGAACAUGGUGGCCGGUCACCAACUGGAUCGAAAUCCAACAUUCAUGAAGAUGAGCUGCAAAAUAAUUCAAUUCUUAGUGCAUCAACUUUUCAACACACUGAGUCGUCUGAUGUAAAAGACUUGGAAUCUACUGGAACAUGUCUAAAGGAUAGUGAAUUAUCACCAACUGAUGAACUUUCUGGGAAGGAAAACUCAUGUCUCAUUUCCCCUCUUAGCAAAUCAAAACCACUAGCAUUUGAUGUGCAUAUCAAAGAAGACCCAGCAGAUGUGAAAAAGCCAUUUCAGAAUGUUCUGAACCCACCUGGCAGUGACAUCAGCGAUGCUUUUCCCGUCUGUGUUCAACUUCCCACAAACCAUCUUAAAAAGUCACAUAUCACCGCUUAUAAAGCAACACACCGUCAUCGCAAAAUCAGCCGGUCCUCCACCUCCACAUUGAGUCGUAUGAGCCUGAAAGCCCCUGUUGAAGACCUGUGUGCAUCCUUUCUGUUGGCGUGUUUGUUCUGCAAGUUUUGGGAUUGCGUGCUGGCCGUUGGUGACGGAUGUCAAUACUGCGUGGCCUCUAUCUGUUCGUCCUUCUGCUCUAACGCAUGCUGUUGCGACCCUUCCUAUCUGGAGGACUUUAUAGAUUUUUGCCCAUGUUGCAGCUGCACUGAAUACAUAGAGGCGUGCGGCUGUAGUUGUGGAGAAAGCACCUUUGACUGCUCCAUUUGCGAUCUCUGUCUACAGACGACUGAGUGUCUGGAACUAGGCAUGGAACUCUCUCAGCUUCUGUUUCACUAGCUGCUCAUGACCUCUCACGCUCAUUUAUAUACUGCUCAUGACAAUCACAUAAAGCUGGAAUGGAAUGUAGCAAAUGUUAUGUGCUGAUUUCAAAAGCAUGUAAAUCUGCUGGUUGAUUGUGGCUGUGAUACUGCACGCCUGCAUUUGAUACUGCAUUAGAGGAAAAAAUCAUAUGCAGUUUACGUGUCACCUGAACCAGAUGAUAUUGAAAUGGUAAAAAGUUUUGUUUUAGCUCAUUACAAUUUGAGAGUAAAUAUUUGUAGAACUCUUAUUUACUUUGAAAAUCAACAAUUUAUUUUUGUUCAACUUUUUUUUUUUUACACAUUAUAUAUAUAUAUAUAUAUAUAUAUAUAUAUAAAAUGAAAAUAAAUUGCUUUUAGUGGCUAAUUUUGUUGUACAACAAAUUGAUGAUAUGAUUUGGCAAUGUGAGAUUGCAUUAUACUAAACAUAUGUUAUAUCCUGUCCUUGAAUUAAAAAUAGAA